AGAAAGAUAAAAAUGGCUAGUAUUUCAGGCACCAUGAUCAGUACCUCCUUCAUGCCAAGAAAACCAAUUGUGACAUUUCCAGCUCUCCUUGGGGUUAAAUAUGCAAAUGGUGGCAAAAUAACUUGUAUGGCUACAUACAAAGUGAAACUUAUUACACCUUCAGGAGCAGUAGAAUUUGAUUGUCCAGAUGAUGUGUACAUUCUUGAUCAAGCUGAGGAAGAAGGACAUGAACUUCCUUAUUCAUGCAGGGCAGGUUCUUGCUCAUCUUGUGCUGGUAAAAUUGUAUCUGGAAGUGUUGAUCAAUCUGAUGGAAACUUUCUUGAAGAUGAACAAAUAAGUAGUGGAUAUGUGUUAACUUGUGUUGCCUAUCCACAGUCUGAUGUUACCAUUGAAACUCACAAAGAGGAACAACUCACAAGCUAAACUAAAUUUGGAGAAAUUUUAUGUUUAUAAUGUGGUCAAGUUUAUAGUAUAUGUGAGUGUAAUUUUCUUCCAUUAUAAUGUGAGUGUAAUUGUCUGCUUUGUAAUAUUGUUAUUCUGGGUGUACUUGUUUGUUGUUCAUUCGACAGAAUUUGGCUUGGUAAAAAAGGCUCGUUUUUA